CAGCGAGAGCGCCGUCUAAAAGUUACAAAAUGAAAAUACCAGUGAAUAUUGAUACAAUUAUUAUUUAUCCUUAACAAAUUAAAGGCAGACAAAAUUAAACAGAUCAAAAUUUCUAUGUUCUACUAAACUACUCUAUGUUCAGAGUAAUUUAGUUUAUUUAAAAACCUCAAUUAAGACAAAUUUGCAAGAAUGGAGGACGAUGUGACGAUUUUUGGUGAUAUUAUUGAUAAACUUUUCAAUACUUUUAGUGGUGUUGUUGAAAGAGAUGUAAUUGCAGCUGUUGUUAUUAGCUAUAAUGGAGAUCUUAAGCAAUCUGCCAAUGCACUUAUGAGUAUCAUAGGUGACAUAAAUACUGACACAUCAGUGUCACAACAGCCAUCACAAUUUCAUGAUGAACUCUCUACUCCUGUAUCUGAGUCUUCUACUAAUAUGAAUGCUACGCAAUCAAAGAUUUCUUACUCUCAUAUAUCUCAAAAUGUGCAAACCCCUUCACAAAAUGUGCAAACCCAAUCAAAAAAUGUGCAAACCCAAUCACAAAAUGUGCAAACACAUUCACAAAAUGUAAAGAAAACUACACAAAUGGGAAUAAAUAGCAUGCAUGAUGUGAGCAAAAUAGUGACCCAAUGCAAUAACGGUUGGAGGGUUCUACUUUUAAUGAGGGGUCCACCUGGCUGUGGCAAGACACAUCUUGCUCAUGAAAUACUGCAAAUGACUGUUGCUUGUACACAAAUAAAAGAUCUUAAUACACAUUUACUUAGUACUGAUGAUUAUUUCAUGUUACGAGGAGUUUAUCGAUUUGACAAAUAUAAGCUACAAGAUGCCCAUUUGUGGAAUCAAUGUAGAGCAUUUAGAGCUAUGACAGGAGGUAUAAGUCCUAUCAUCAUUGACAACACUAACAUUGAGCCAUGGGAGAUGGAACCCUAUGUAAGGGCUGGAGUUUGCAAUGGUUAUUUUAUUCAUGUUGUUUAUCCCAAAACUCGCUGGGCAAGAAAUCCAUAUCAACUCUUUAAAAGAAAUUCUCAUAAUGUACCAGUUCACACAAUAAAACGAAUGGUGGAUAAUAUGCGGGAGGGCAUAACUGGUGAAGAAAUGAUGAAGAGUUUAGGAUUAAACUAUUCAGCAGAAUUAACACCACCAGUUUUCAGACAGCAUCCUGAGUUGCCACCCACAGUAGCCACAGUUCCAAGUACCAGAUGUCCUGAAAGUGAAUUUAAUAAUGGCAAUCAACAAAACCAAAUCCUAAGAAAUGAUUGUUCAAAUAUUACAACCUCAGCCCCUGAUUCUCAUUCUAUUGAAAACCGUGUGUUGGAAUCUGAAGAAAAGCUUUCAGAUCCUUUAGAUAUCAACUGUCACAUUGAAGAGACAAGAGCUAACAACAGUUCCAAUCUUAAAACAGAAGCUCCUGCACCUUCUGAUGUCCACUCUACAGACUGUGUUGAUAUUGAAAAACGUAUAGAAGAGAUAGAAAAACUAGAGCAAGAAUGGGAUAACGGAGAAAACUGGGAUGAAACUAAGAAACUUGCAGUAUUAAAUGCCGAAAAACCAACAACAUCAAGUCCUGGAAUUGUUGAAAUUUCAACAUCUAAACCACAGAGAACAAGGCAAAUAGAGAAAUCACCGAAAGUUGUUUCUGAUCAACUUGUAAUCCCUGCAGUACAUUCAAAUGACUGGAGCAGGUUCCUAACUUUGGACACUCAAACCCCCCCUGAGAUUGUUAUUGAGGAUACAUUGACCCCAGAAACAACAUCAAGAAGUACUUGUAUCGAACCAGGGGAUAUGGAUUUCUCUCAAAUGAAAAACCAUCACAAAGUUAUUUCGGGUAUACCGUGGGACAUAAAUAUAUUUACUAUUGCAAAAAAAGAAAAAAUACCUAUAAAGAGAAUGCUCGACAAAAGUACUACCACGAGCAAUGAAAUAAUUUCUAUGGAACCCUUUCGAUGUCAAAACGCCGAACAGCAUUUCAAAGCUUUCAGGAGGAUGUUUAGCAAUAUUCCUUCCACACAACUAAGGGAUAUUUUUGAAAACUGUUGUGGUGAUGUUAACUGGGCUGUCGAAAUCGUAAUAGAUGGCAUGACAAACAAUCAAUUUCGUUCAAUUCAAGAAGAAGCCUUAUCGGAUGAUGAGGAGGAUGCAGAAAACGCCUGGCAGUGCGAGUGUCUAGCAGCAUAUAACAUAAUACCUGAUCAUCGUCCCGUUAUUCAGAAAACCAACCCCGUAGUAACAAAACUCAGCGCGGAAAGUACGCCAAAAGCGUCACCUAAACGUACACGCAAAGAUGCAGCCGUAUCUGACGCUUCAUUACAAUUGAAGCGCCAAAUUGAGGAAAAUAUCGUCUUUUCUGAAAAUCAUUAUUCGGAGCAUCACCUAAAAAUGAAGAACGCACGUAAUGGCGAACCAUGCACGAGCUCAACUAGCACACAAGACAAUCAACAGAUCCAUUCAACUGCAAAUGAACCAAGUACUUCUGGCUUGUCCAAUAAUGCAAGAGACGAGAUAUUGCAUUCAGACACAUCGGACGACGACGACACCGGCUCUUCGUGUGAUAUCGUGAAAUCUAUUAACAUUAAUGUCGGAAUGGAAUUUAUAAAACAGUUGGACGGGAUUUUCGGUCGAGAGGGUAUGAAGUACCCUGAAAAUAUUGAACCAAAAUUAGACGUGCCUGUGACGAUUUUGAACGAAAUAAAUGCCUUGUGGAUGGAGUCGAUGAUGCAUCAGAUCGAGAAAGAUUCGAAACAAAGCCAAGAAAUGAUCGAACAGGAUGCAGAUUUCGCCAGGUUACUAGUUGCGAAAGAAGAGGAAAUGCUCCUGAACGGCAAGGAGCCUGAAGUUCCGGAUUUCAAAGAAAUCAUGGACUUGGAUUUCGCCCUUUCGUUGUACCAAAAGGACAUUGCCGCAUGGCGCAACAGAGAGCCACCGGAUUUGGCGGCGAAGAUGACGAGGGAGAAACUGUACAACCUGUUCCCCGACGUGGCGCCCGACAUUCUGUCGGAGCUCUUGAUGGCGCACGACAACAAUUUUCGAAAUACUGUAGAGGCCCUUUUAAUGUCGACGGGGAGGUCCAACAUUGUAGAAAUGAAGAAUGGUGUCAAUAAGUUCGUGAUGGAAAAAGAGAUGGGGAGGAAGAAGCGUUUGGUUGAAGAACAGCGAAAGGCUCUGUCCGAAGUGGAAUGGCCGUUACUUCCGAUGGAACCGAACCUAACGAUGGCAGACGUGGAACGAUAUAGGGAAGAGGCGAAUGGACAUCUGGCAGUGCGAGAAAAGAACUACCGCAAGGCUCAGGAGUACAUCCAACGCGGGAUGCUGUCCGUGGCCUCUUAUUACUCGGAGCUGGGAGCUAUGCACACGGCGCUCCACGAGCAGGCCAACAGCAGGGCCGCCAACUCGCUGGUUUACGUGAACGCCCAGCGCUGCAAGAACAACGCCACCAUAGACCUGCACCACUGCCGCGUGGCCGAGGCCCGUCAGUCCCUUGACCUGUUCCUGGACGUGCACAUUCGGAAGCUGAAGGAGAUCAACGGCCGCAACGGAGUCACCUCCCACACGCUGUUCUUCCUCACCGGAAGAGGCAAGCACAGCCCCGCCGGGCCCAAGGUCAAGCCGGCCGUCAUCCAGCGCCUCAGGCAGAGGGGCCUCGCGUUUUACGAGUUGAACCUGGGUUUGCUGGCCGCCAAGGUCACCGCCAACCACCGUUUGUCGGACGAGAUCAACUCACGGGCUAAGCCGACGGAGUGAGCGUAACGGCCCGUUAAAAUAAACUAAACGCUGGUUAAAUUGAAAUGUGAAUUUUUCUGACAUAAUUUUGUAUGGGAAUCGAGUUAUGAGCGAUUCAACAUUUUAAUUAUGAGCAGGUUGAGGGAUUUGUAUUACAUUUAUAUUUUAUAUAUUUCGUUAUACAUGUGUACAAAUCGAGAGAGAUUUAAAGUUGGACCGUUGAUAUUCAGUAAAUCAUUUGUUUAUAUUUUGAGCCCCGAGCUACUGAUGUUUUGACUAGUCUUUAGUGACUAGUAUUUGAAUGUCGCUACAAUUAUAUUAAACUUUAUAUUAGAUGUAUAGAGUUAAGUAAGUGUUGUAAGAAGAUUCUAGUUAUGAGAUAUCUCAUAUUAAGUAAGUAUCAAAAUUAUUUUUUUGUCGUCCAUUGUUAUUAAAAAAUAGCUCAACUUAAGCUCAAACGUGUCUACGUAAUCAUCGAUUAAAUUUAACUACUCGAGUUAACUUAAAUAUUAAAAUUGAUGACGUCACAAAAUCCACGGACCACAAUUUAUUGUUAAAACGUUUAAUUUAAAAACGUAUUCAAUAUCUCAUAUUGACUUUAGUGAUGAGAACUAUGUAUCUCUUUUCAUCAUAGCGUAAAUAGAAUUCGAUAGAAAGAGACGGAGAUAUACUGUGUACAGGCUGGAAUAGCGCACAAUUAAGUGACACACAUUGACAGAGUUCAAUGGUAAGAUAUUAUUUUUACGGGUUUUUUCGUUACAGUUAAACCUGAAUAAGUGAACGCUCCAGGAACCGCGAUCUCUUUUUCUCUUAUAAAGGUUUCUCACUCUCUUACGGAGUCGUACCAAUAGAGGUUAAAAAACUAGAAAACGACAACAGAUGCACAUUUCUAUGAAUUUAAUAAGAGUUUUAUUAAAUCAUCAAAGCGAAUUGAAAUGUUGUCGCAUAGAGGCCUAGGUAUUUAUAAUGUUUUUAAAUUACUGUCAUUUAUGUAUACCUGAAUCCUUUAUAGAGGUCAGGAGGGCAAAAUGACGACAUACUCUCAUUAAUAUUAGUAUGAGUGAGGUUUCUCGUUUACGCAAUUGUCACUUACUCAGGUUUGGCUGUAUUCACGUUUAGAGUUAUUUUAAUAACAUAUGUAGGUGAUGACUAGUUUGGUAACGCAAUUUUAUCAAUUUAUCUGGCUGUGGGAGAUAUAAGUACAAUUCACAAUCCCGUACAAGUUUGUUUGUGAAAUUGUAGUUCGUCGGUUUGCGAUAAUAUUUUAAUUAAGAAGCGACUUUAGAUAUAAGUACCGAUUCUUUUAUUUCCUUUAUUAUUUCAAUUUUUAUUUAACAUUCCUAUAAUCCACUAUUUCUUUCUAGUCUAUAUACCAAUUAACAAUAUAUAUUUAUUAAUUAUACAUUAAAGUAAUGUUUUUUAUAGAUUCUUGAAGACAGUGAACGAUUUAAACAAACUUCAGCUCCACCGAAACAAAGUGGGUUUUAGAAAUAUAUUAUACGGACUCGCCUGUCUACUAUAUGCCAACAGUGAUUUAUAUCUUAUUUUGGGUCAUACAAAGCUCAGAGGUGAACUUGGUGCGUAAUAGAGAAGACAAAAGAUCAUUCCAGAUGGACUAGUCGGUACACUGCCCUAUCCCAGCACGAAUUGCUGUGUCAGUAUCUUUCGGUGGAUUGCGGUGAGGAAUGGAGAGCUGGAGCCGGCCCAUAUAACAGUUAGUUAUAUUAAACAUCAAAUUAAUGUAAUUUUGUUAAUUUUUGUUCCUGAAAUGGAUUACUUGGCUUGCGAUAAAAUAUCUCGUGUCAAUUUCAAAAUUACUUUCUAUAUAUACAUUUCCGUCAUUAAGUGUCAAAAAUUGGUUAUGUUUGGAUUUUUUUUUCUAUCGAGCGAAGUUAUUUAAAUCGUGUAUCGAUCUUUCAAAAUGGAUACAUAUACAGAAACCGGUGGAAACAGAUCGUCCGCUCCAGAUGUUUUCUUGCCGACCACGACGCUCAGAGAUGAGAUGAACUCUUCUCGAUUUUGUUAUCAUUAGGUUUUUACAUUGUCCCAGUAGUCCCGAGUUGUAAGAUUUGUUACAAAUUGUUUAUGGACGCGUUUGUUACUUAUUCUAAUGUCGCUUAAUAACUUUUUACUGUUGUAUUGUGUAAGAAUUUAAUGUUACUUGGGUGGAGAUAUAGAAGUUAAAAAAUUGCUAAAUUUAUAUAAUCGUAAAUGUAUACCAUUAUCUAUUAAAGAGUCAAUGAGGCAUUAAAAAAAUUGCUCAAAAACUGCAAACAUUUUCUCAUCUUAAAUGUUUAUAUAACUUUUUAAAAUUUUAAUAAAAUAAUGUCCAAAUAGUAAAUUGGCAUAUUGGUAGAACGUAGUUUUUUGGUAGAUUGUAUUUUCUACUAUUACGGGUGAGAAUAAAUGAAUGAUUGCAGGGUUACGAUAAGGGCUUUAAAUAUAGCUGAGAGCAUAACGAUAGUUAUGACUACGAAUGGUACUUUUACGGUGCCGAUAUUUACCUUUUCCUUGUAACUUAAAGUUAACAGGCUGGGUACGCACUAUGACUUGUCUAUGUCACUUAAUUCUCACUUAACUCUAAUCAAAGACAAGUUUGAAAUUGUCGAUAGCUUUUCAAUUGUUCUAUUUUUCUUUUUUGGUUAUUUCUCGCUAGGGUUGCCUGGGAACAAUUAUUUAUGUAACCCGAUUUGAUAUUUAUGCAAAGAAAUGUUAAUUAAUACCUAUUUCUUAUGUAAAGCGUAAUAGUGAGUAUCCAGUUUAGUCCAAAUUGUUCGGUAUAUUUAUAUUUAGUAAAUGAUUUUAUAUCUAAUACUUAAUAUGAAAGGCUGAUGAGAUAAGGUGAAUUACGUUGUCUUUACUUGAAAAUUAUAUUGCCUCAUGUAGGUAUAUUGGGCCUAAGAUUGCAUCCGUUUCCUUAAUAAUUUUAUACACGAAACGGUGAAUAGCCUUCCGUGUCUGGCACAUGUAGUCGAUAAUGCUGGUCUACAAGAUGUUUUCCUUUCCUGACGAACAAGUGUUAAUUACCCGCUAUGUAAGAAAUUUACACUGCCGGGAGUUGAACGCAGAACCUCAAAGUUGAGAGUCAAUCAAGUCAAUGAGAAAUUUGAUGUAAUUUAUUUGUUAAUCAAACACAAUUAUCAUACAGAACUUUCAUUUCGUACCAAACGUUUCAAUAUUGUAAUGGAUACUUAAGUAUAGACUUUGGAAGAUCGCCAAGAACUGAGAAUCUUUUAUGAAAUUGGCCAUUUAAAUGUAUAGCAAUUGCUAUGGUUGAAGACAGAAAUAACAUAGUCAAGAAAACUACAGCGUUUAGUCCACCUUAUCUCAUUAGCUGUAUCACGAAAUCUGUUUUUUAAAUAAAUAUAAUUUUAAGAGUAGUUUUAAUAUUACAGGGAUUAAUUUUAAUUAACGAGUACUCUUGACAAUCAUAUUUUCGUAACACUUUCUUAAAAUAUACAAAGGAAAGAUUGUAUCAAGGUCCUCUGGUUUUAAAGAUUAAAUCUUUAUUAGGCUAUACGGAAAUACGGACCUAGUUAAUUCCGCCUUAAUUUAACACUCUAAGUACAGAACACUUGCCACUAAUUAGUUUUCUCGAUAUUUGUAUCGGCAUGUAAGUUUGCAAGAUGUUCGUAGGAAAUUUCGGAAAUGUCGCGUUUAGACCAAAAAAAAUUUCUAGCGAAUUUGCAUGCCGAUAAUAUACAAAAUUGAUUAAUUAGUUUAUUAAAACACAAAUGAAGUAUUUACUACUAUUAUAGUUAUAAUCUUUCUACUGUAUCAACUAUUUUUAUAUGAACAAAAAAUGACCUCGUCUCACUUUAAGAUGAAAUCGAGUGGAAGUAAGGACCACCUUUUCAAGGCUCCCCUCACGGGAUAUUCGUUGAUAUAUUUCUACACCGGAAAUCGUUCUAAUGUUUAUAGUUAAUUAAACACCGACAGUGUUGCGUCACUUACCUCAUUCAAGGAGUAUUAUUUGGAAAGUGUAACUUGUUCCUAUGCAAUGUUUCUCGUAUGCCACGACAGAUUGUUAGCCUUUACGUCCUUUAUGGAAUGUAACUUGAGUAAAAACGCAGUUGAGAAUGAAUAAUGUGCUUUGAUGUUAAAUGUAUUGUAUAUAAUAUACUAUUUGUUAUUUCUAGAAAUAAGAUAAGCGAAAUUAAAAUGGUGGCUCUUAUGGCAGGUAAUAAAUCUGUUAUUAACGCGUCGCUUGAAUGGGAUUGGUCAACAGUAUUCAACCAAUCAUAUUUAAGCGGCACAAAGCGUCGUUUUUCAAAAAAGGCAACGUAAUAUGUGAAAUAUGCGCAGCAAUUUUAAAUCCGUUUUUUGUAUAAGUAAUGUGGAUGAAAUAAGUUGCAAUUGUGCCAAUUUUUAAACUAUACGUUGCCUUUUAGAGCUUCAUCCAAGACUUGGUAAUGUAAUACUAUGUACGUAUCUCGUUAAUGCAUCCGGUUACCACUAGACUUAAGUUUACAAAGUGUAUUAUAACUUUUAUUGUAUGUUUUUAUUCUUGAGUAUGUCAUAUGGAAGACAUACUCUGAUUCCUUUAGUAUUGCCAGAUUGCUUGCUAUUGACGGUUGGCAGGAGGCAGUAGUGGCAGUCAUAUUUUGUAUCUUAUCUCAAACUUACUACACUUUAGGUACUUAUUGUUAUAUGUAUAAUAAUUGGUAGACGUCGGUAUAUACUCGUCAAGAGCUACUCUUAGAGUGGAGAUACCUUGACUAUGACCAAGAAGAGAUACACACUUUAUGAGAGCCCGCUAGUGGCUGCUGAUGCCUUGGCCAGUAUGUACAGGCACCGUUCUUUCAUAUGACAGUCUCAAGACUUAUUUUCCCGUUAAACUCGUGAGCCGAUACAGCUCUAGACGAAUAUGUAUAUUUGUGUAUAGUCUUUAACCAGACCAGUUCGGAUAGAUCGAACAAAAUUUUAAAAGCCUCUAUUGCUAAUAUAAAGAUUAAUCUAUGUCUAAAAAUAUCGCUUUUACAUACCUCAUUUAAUUUACAUUUUAAGUUCGGAGUCGGUGGUAAACUUGUUAGAUGCUCACGAAGAAUUACUUGGAGCACAACUCGACGUAGUUCCCUUUGUAUUGGACAUAAGUUGGUGUUUUUAGUACAUAAGCAUUUUUAUUUGUUACAUGUUUGCUUCUUUAUUGUUGAAAACACAAAUUUGUGUCAAGUAGGGUCAAUUAAAAGACAAAUAAAGACAAUUGAUGUGA